AUGUCAGCUUCCAUGUCCGGUAGUCGGGAUCUUCCCGCCUCGAAACAUGACCUCAGCACUUACUGGGGACGGGUCAAGCAGGCCGCAGAGAUAUCAGAUCCGAGAACACUCUUUGUAUCCUCGGCCGGCUUAGAGAAUGCAAAGCGAGUCCUUGCAUCGUAUAAGGAUGGCAAAAUCGCAGCCAUGACCCCGGAGAUUUGGGAUGCAAAGAGAAUAGUGGAUUCGACGCUGCACCCUGAUACUGGCGAACCAGUCUUCCUCCCGUUCCGGAUGUCCUGCUUCGUGCUCUCCAAUUUAAUCGUGACAGCUGGCAUGCUUACGCCCGGACUUAGGACAACGGGGACCCUGCUAUGGCAGAUAACUAACCAAUCAUUGAACGUCGCCAUCAACAACGCCAACGCAAACAAAUCCACUCCUCUUUCCACCUCGUCGAUUGUAAAGUCGUACCUGCUUGCGGUUUCAGCUUCGUGCUCCGUUGCCCUGGGACUGAAUUCUGUCGUUCCUCGACUACGGAAAUUAACCCCAAACACGAGACUGAUUCUCGGGAGACUGGUGCCGUUUGCUGCCGUCGCCACUGCCGGUGCACUCAACGUGUUCCUCAUGCGUGGGGAGGAGAUCCGGAAAGGCAUCGACAUCUACCCUGUCCUCACAGCGCAAGAGAAGGCGAAGCGCGAGGUGGACGGAGGAGAGGUUAAGAGUCUCGGCAAGAGCAAGAAGGCUGCCACUCUGGCGGUCGGAGAAACUGCUGUUAGCCGCGUGCUCAAUGCUACCCCGAUCAUGGUUCUCCCACCAUUAAUAUUGGUUCGUCUGCAGAAGAUGGACUGGCUGAAGUCUCGGCCUCGUCUCGUCCUUCCGGUGAAUCUGGGAUUAAUCUUCGCGACAUCGAUUUUCGCGCUUCCGCUAGCACUAGGAGCCUUCCCUCAACGGCAGGCCAUCAGUGCUUCUAAGCUUGAGGAGGAGUUCUGGGAUUGCGGCGGGAAAGAUGGUUUGGUUGAGUUUAACCGGGGAAUAUAG